AUGUCUCCUUUUGGCACCAAUGGAAGCAAAAGCGGCAGUAAUAACAAUCGUAUGGUAAUGGCAAGCACACCACCUCAGCCUAAUGCGUUGGGUUAUGCAGGCAGAAGGAAGACAACGGAUCAGGCUAUUCCACUCUCUUCAAGUAUUCAUAACUCCAAUAAUUUUGACCACCGAUCGUUUUUAAAUGAUCCUUUCUUUGGUUCUUCUGCACCUGCUGUGCCCUUGUUUCACCAACAUUACCAGCAACUAAAUGAACAACAACAACAACAACAACAAAAUGUAUGGCGUAACCAACAAAGCCCACGUCCGAAUGUGGUUUCCAAUGAUUUUAUUGGCCUGCACUCAUCGCCCCGCGAAUCUUCUGAUUAUCUGCUUGGAACUUCGCCUUUUACUAAUCAUCGUCUAUCGUCUUCUGUUCGAAGCAACAGUGGCAUGAGUAAUAGUGGAUUAUUUAACAAUACGCCUACCAACACUGACUAUCGUCGUCAUCUUAUGGCAUCUACUGGGUCAAUGAGUGCUGGAUAUGAUGAUAGUAGCCAUAGUAGCUUCUUUAGUCACUCUCAUCAUCUUCAGCAAUACGACUUGAAUGAUGCUAUGCUUCCCUCUUCAUUGAAUGACUUGUUUACACCAACUGAAUUGCAAGUAAGAAGAGUGAGACAACAAGAGCAGCAGUUAAGCUAUAGUCCGUCUAAUCAUUUAUCUGAUUCUAUUUCAAAUUGGUCUUCUUCAAGAGAUGUAACACAAUCCUCAUUGGAUGUUCAAAAACAAAGCCAAUCCUGGAGAGUACCUUUCUUAACCAAAUCUUCACAAAAUAGUAGCGAAAUGCUAAUGACACUACCAGCUGACUAUGAAGACAGACUAGCAGAAGGCACAGCUGCUAUUAAUAUUCCAAGCAAUAACAAAAGUAGUAUCCUUGGCACAAGUAACAGUACAGGCAGUAGUGGUGAUAGCCACCAUAGUUAUUUACAACAACCUAAAGAACAGCAACAGCAACAGCAACAACAGCAACAACAGCAACAACAGCAACAACAACAUCAAGACGAUGAAGUUCAAUUCUUUAUGGAAGAUGAUGAGGCUGUAAUAAUGUAUGAUACUACAAAGAAUCACAAGACACUUGACAAUAUGACCACCAGUAAUUCCAACACUAAUUACACUUUUCCAUCUCUUGUCACUUUACCUAGCACAUAA